UAAAAGCGUGAACACAUUAAAAUGACCCCACAACUCAUCGUGCAACAAUGAAGUCAAUAGUUGUUUUAUUUAUAAUUUUUUACAUAUCUGCAGCUCAAGAAACUGCAAUUCAGGAAUUUACAAACGCAAAUAAUCAAUUCACUUCAUCAGUGUACAAGGAAUUGAGCAAAACUGAAAAUGGCAAUUUCAUGGUAAGUCCUUUCUCCGCUGAAACAAUCCUUGCUUUCGCCCAAUCGGGGUGUAAAGGAGACUCAGCUGAAGAACUGCGCAACAGUUUGCAUCUCCCAAAUGACAAAACCAAAGUCGAAUCGGCCCUAAAAUCACUUUUGCCGAAAAUCAAAGGCAAUGACCUCUACACUCUCCACACGGCCAACAAAAUGUACGUCAAAAAAGACUUUGCGAUCAAAGAAGAGUUCAAAAAAGCUGCAAGUGAAGUAUUUCAAGCCGAUUCGGAAAACAUCGACUUCGUCCAAAACACUGAAGCCGCCAAAACCAUGAAUGGUUGGGUGGAGGAACACACAAAAAGCAAAAUCAAAAAUUUGAUCAAUCCGAAUUUUCUGGACAACCACACGAGAGUGGUUCUGAUAAAUGCGCUAUUUUUCAAAGCAAAUUGGUCAGUUCCGUUCCAAUUAAGUCUGACCCAGAAAGGAAAAUUCUACAAAACAGCGUCCGAUUUUGUAGAGGUCGAUAUGAUGCAACAGUUGGAACAGCACUUCAAUUAUUACGAGUGUCCGCAUUUGAAGGCCCAAUUUUUGGAACUGCCGUUCAAAGGGGGCGAAGCCUCGAUGGUUUUCGUGCUUCCGAACGAAAAAGACGGUCUUGCGAGACUCGAAACUCAAUUGGAAUCUGUUUUUGUGCCUCAACACGAGUUGAAAAGCACAUUUCUAAACGUGGUCUUGCCCAAAUUCCGGAUUGAGAGCGAAAUUGACUUCAAGACUGUUUUAAACAAGUUAGGGGUCAGUAAAGUGUUUGAUGAAAAACAAGCCGAUUUGAGUGGCAUUGCAGGCGAGAAAGGCGAUUUAAUAAUUGAUAAAGUCAUUCAGAAAGAUUUUAUUGAUGUGAGUGAGGAGGGUGUUGAAGCAGCUGCUGCGACUUACGUUUUAAUUGGGGUCCCGUUUUCGGCACCAAUUGAACGACCGAAAUAUUUUCUAGCCGACCAUCCAUUUAUUUUCUACAUCAAGAUUAAGGGUUUAAUAGUGUUUGCAGGAAGGGUGACCGACCCCAAAGUUUGAAAACGUUUUCCGUCCAAAAUUGAUAAAUAAAGACCAACUCUAAUUAG